AUGAGGCUGAAGUCACAAGAAGACCAAGAACACAUUGAAGAAUACCAAGGCGAUAAAAAGCUUGAAGCUAAAGAAGACAAUUCAAAAUAUCUCGAGACACAAUUACACGAAAAGAAAGACGACAUUGCUGAUUUGGAGAAACAAGUCAAGAAGUUGCAAAACACCAUUUCUGAUGUCAACGCACAGAACGAAGACACUGGCGCUGUUUUGAAUGAUACUAAAGACGAUCUUGCCAAUACUAAAAAUGAUUUGAAAAAGACUCAAUUUGCUCUAGAUGAUACCGAGAAGAAACUCGACCAACAAGUUAUUCAAAACAAAAAGGUUUCAGACGAGAGAGAUGGGUAUAACCAACAAUUGCAAGCAGGGAAGACCAAGACUGCUGCUUUGACUUCGGCCAAGAAUGCAAGUGACAAGAAGAUUUUUGCUUUGAACUCGGAGAAAGACGAAUUAGAAGAUAAGAACAGAAAAACUUGA